GUGGAGCCUGCGGUGGCUUUUCAAGGCGAGUCCCGCGCAGGAAGCGCUUGCGCAAGGCCUCCUCGCAGCCCUCGUGGCUACUGCAGCUGAGUUAACCUGGCCCGGAGCUGAGUCGACCUGAUAUCGGUGGUCGGAUUGAAUACCCUUCUGGGAGGUGACUUAGCCCUGGCGGCCGCCGGGUGUUGCCCUUUAUAUAUACAUACCUACUCCGAGCCUCUGUUUCCCUAGUGGGAACUCCCUUUCCUCAUCAGAUUGGGGCUGUAAUAGGAGUAGACCUAAGGAACCCUUUGAAGGUACCGACAUAGCCUGGCGGAGAAGCAGCCAUGCCUGCAGAAGGAGGGAAGACCGACAUGGAGAGGAUCGGCCUCUUCAGUGAGAUGGGCUAUGUCACUGUGGGCGAUAAAUAUGUGUCUCCGUUUAAUCGACCCUUUAAUGAAGCUGCCAGCAGAAAAAGACAGAUGCUGCCUGGGGGGUCAAAAGAAAUGUCCAGUCUCCAGGCCGGCUAUUUCGAUCCGCAUUUUGUGAGGGUUUUUGAAGGUGAAGGCUAUGUCAGUCUGAAUCAAGUGAGGAGACGGAAUAUGAUGGAAGAAGCCAAAAAAAAUCUAGGCAAAGCCUUCCUCCCUAGUAACGGAGAUAAGAAACCAUGUGGAGUGGGAAGCUACUAUGGGACAAUAGGUGGCCCAGUCCCAUUCUUCAGUGCGCAGUCCAAACCCAGAGAGAAAUACGAGGCACCUGGGAAGAAUUUAUACACAAACCCAGGGAAGAAAGGAACUGGAUAUGGCUAUGCAAAUGUCACAAUAGGGAAACAGUUUUCACACUCUGCUGAUUUCUAUGAUGCAUCAAAACUAGAUUUUAAGAAAAAGAAUGAAGAGCAUCAUCGUCUACUUAAAGGGGCGCCUUUCAAGUUAAAUCUUUACCCAAGAGAUUAUUUUGAUACCAAUCCUUAUUUUUCGGAGAAGCCUCUUCCACCGAUUAAGAAAGAAGAGAAGAAACUAGCACCUGCAGGUCCUUUUAAGCCCCCUUCUCCUGGUAAAAAGGCUGGUGGAAUGAAGGCAGGCACGUUUGACCCUUACCCAUCACAUUCUGCUGACCCUUAUGCGACUAAGUUGGCAAAGCAGACUGUGGGCCCAGGCGCUAAGGUUUUCCACCCACCAGGUGGGCCGAAGAGCAGGCCGAUUCAAAGCAUCAUGACCUUGAAUGUCAAAAAGGCACUAAAUAUGAAGAACUACAAGACUGUUUCAGUUCAGUCCUAUUAGCGUCUGGAAGACAAAGAGCUUUGUAGAUCCUGACUACCAGUAAUUCUUUAUCAAGUGCCAAUUAUUUGGAAAAAAUAUAAGAUGUUGUGGAACAGAGAGCCGAAGCAUUUAUGACGAAUUGAAUCCUCCUCCUGUAAUACUCUUCUUUUAGUACUAUUGAAUAAAUUAAUUUGCAUAUUAGCAAAUUAAUAUGUGAUUGCUGAUCUGUGUUAAGAGCUGUGUUUCUGAGAAUAUGAUGUUUAGAAGUUUUAUAAAAUCUUGACUUGCGGUGCCUUGAUUGAGAGUGUGGACUCCUAAUGGUGAAAAGCUCCAGGGUUGUAGAACAGCGGUGGAUGUGGGGGCUGGAGGGGCGGAGCGUACAGAGUAAACCCUGAACUUGCUGUUUCUUCUUGGAGCUGAAAAUUGUAUUGCCUGCCACCCCAGGGUCAUAGCCUGUACAGUAAGUCAAGUGUCUCAAUUUCUGAGGUCCGGCACCUUCAUUUACGGCCUCUAUAAAGCAGCAAGUCAGCCACUGCAGCCCCAGGACAAGUUGGGGGAAUGGAGAACGGGGGAUGCGUUUGUACUUCAUUAUCUCACGGAAAAUCACAGAGUUACAAGGCGGAUGAAUUUGUCUUUGGUGUCCCCCCUGGCCCUCUGUAGCUGUCCACCGCUGCCUCUUGCGGAGCAUGCCCUAGGCCUCCCUCUCUGGUGCCCAAGUUCUCUUUUCUUCACUGGUCCUCCCACUUUUUAAGCUAUGGGCUAUUGAAAGAUACAAUUUAAAUGUAUUACUAUAAUUUGUAAGGAGGUCUAUAUCAAUAGUCCUCAUUCAUUUGUGGAUG